AUGGCAGAACAACUUGACAGAUUCAAACAAUGGGUGUCAGUCAUCCCUUACCAGAUAAACUGGAUACGUAGGCCUACACCUGAUCAUCUUCCUCGCGUGUCUCAGUGCGACCCCUCUUCUGGAGGAUGCCAAUCACUCAGCACCAACAUAACCUCCUGUCAGUCCAGAGGCGUAGAAGUAUUUCUCUCCUUGGGAGGAGAGAAUGGAAACUGUGGGCUCGGCUCCACCCAAGACGCGGGGAUCCUCGACAACUAUCUGUGGAACAACUUUUUGGGCGGGCAAUCCGAAUCCAGGCCUCUGGGACCCGCAGUUCUAGACGGCAUCGACUUUAGUAUCCAUUACACAACGACAGAGCACUGGGAUUUUCUGGCGAAGGCCCUGUCCGCUCGUACUACCGUCACCAAGAAGGUCUAUCUCAGCGCCCUUCCUCAUUGCCAACCUCCCAUACAAUCGGACUUGACACACACUCAACAAUCUGCGCAGUGGAUCUUGACUGUUAAGACCACCCAAAAACAGAACUUCUUCCUCGGCAUUCCAGCCUCUACUAAGGCUACUUUCGCUGGCGGCUUCAUUCCUGCAAAUGCACUCAUCUCAGAAGUGCUGCCUGAGGUCAAGGAAUCUGUACAAUAUGGUGGAGUCAUGCUGUGGAACGAGUUCUAUGAUGACAAAGCCCACUAUAGCAUGUCCAUUAAGGGUUUCGUUUGA